AUGGUCGUGGUCCUUGGCCCAGCAAACCGUCUAUACAUUCGACGCAUCCUCCGCCUGCGCGUUACGCGAGCAGCAGUGCUCCUCUUCCUCGUCUUCAACUUCAUCGACGUGCUCCGUAUUCAGCACAACCUCGGCCGCGGCCAUGCGCAACGUCGCUCCGGACCAUCCCAAUCCCGUGGCCCGUCACGGCCGCACGAGCGAAUCUACAUUGCCAGCAUGCACUUCAACGACGGCGCGCUCUUGAAGAGCCAUUGGAGGGACGCCGUCAUCGGACUGACUGAAACGUUUGGCCCCAAGAAUGUAUUCAUCAGCAUAUUCGAGAGCGGCAGCUGGGACAACAGCAAAGACCUUCUGCGGGAGCUGGACCGAGAUCUGGAGACGAGAGGUGUCCCCCACCGCAUCGAGGUGUCUGACGUGACGCACCAGGACGAGUUGAGCAGUGCGGACAAGGGCGAGGGGUGGAUUGACGCGCCGAGCAACAAGAGGGUACUGCGCCGCAUUCCGUACCUCGCGAGAUUGAGGAAUAAGACGAUCCAGGAUCUUGUGCAUCUUCACGGCCUCGGUGUUGAGUUUGACAAGGUGCUGUUUCUCAACGACGUGGUCUUCACGGUGGACGACGUGUUGACGCUGAUGGACACGAACGGCGGCGAGUACGCGGCGGCUUGCUCGUUGGACUUCUCCCAACCCCCGCUGUACUACGACACCUUUGCGCUUCGGGACGUCGAGGGCCACGGACACGUCAUGCAGACCUGGCCGUAUUUCAGAGCGAGGGCAUCGAGGAACGCGCUCGUGAGCAAUGUGGACGCCGUGCCCGUCGCCAGCUGCUGGAACGGCAUCGGUGCGUCUCAACGAAUGCCCUUUUCUUUCCAGGCCGUAGAAAAGAAGGGGGAGAGGCAAAAGCCCCCCCGCAGUCGUUAUGCCCACCGAGCCAUUCGUCUCCUCGACCCGGCUGCGCUUCCGUGGCGUCCCGGAUUCCCUGGCCAAACAUCACCUGGAAGGCUCCGAGUGUUGCCUCAUACACGCUGA